UGCCUGACACUUUAAUUUCAGAUAUAAUUUGAGGACAGAUGGUUUAUCUUAAGAAGCUUCCUUUUAUUGGUAAAUGACCUAGCUGAUAGUUAUAAAUAUAUCUUCUUCCACUUACAUAUUCCUUUUAGGAAAAAAGAGAAUGAGAGAAUCCUAUACUAUUUAAGCUACCUCAACUAUUAAUAAAUCCUGAUUUUGAAAUAAACUGUUAGCCAUUGUAGUCAGCAACUUUGCCAACUUCUGAGCGCCUCUUGCCUCUUUGGUAGCUUCACUGUAAGUAGAAUUCAUUCAUUCAUCACACAAACAUCAAGUAUCCAUGUUCAUCUGUCAUAUUUUGGUAUUUAUUGAGUUACUCAUGGACUUGUCAAAAAUGCAAAUGCCCAGGCCCUACCUUCAUCCAACUGAAUCAGAAUCCCCAAGGAGUAGGUUCUAGAAAUAUGAUUUUUAAAAAGCCUGUUUUAGAGGUGUUUGGGGAAUACAAAGAUGAAAAGCCCAGCCCUUUCUCCCUGCUAGAUCAUUGUACAAAUGAAUAGAUAAGCUAGAGCAAGAAAUGUCCAUCUAAGCUAUGAUAAAAUAUGUACGACACCCAUGAGGGGAAGUUGCAUCUACUGAGAGGACAGUGAUGCAGGGGUUGCCUGACCAGUUGGUGUAGUGCUUGCUUCCAUAGCUUGGCUGUUGGGGAAUGGUCAGUCUUCUAGAGUCUAUGUGAUGUUGCCUCCAAGAGUGGGCAUUAGAUAUGGAAAGAAGGAAUGCAUCUUGCCCUAGACUGUCCUAAUCUAGUAGUCAACAAUGGACUGAAAGGAUGAGGCUAGAAGGAGGAUUUGCCAACUCGUCAAUGCUCUCAUUUCUGAUGAACAUUUUCCAGCUUUCUCUUUGGUAGUGUGAUCAAGGCUGGAGAUUUCACAGUAAGGCACUUACAAAGCUCAUUGGGCUUACCACCAGGAAAAAUGGAAUUCAGCUCUGUCCUUGCCACUUGUUAGCUGGGCAGUUAGUCUCUUGCCUACUUUCCCCCAUCUGCGAAGGCAGAUAAUGAUAACUACAUUACAGGAUGGUUUUGGGAAUUAUAUAAUGUUUAGCACAUAAACUGCUUGGCAGUGCACCUGGCAUGUGGUCAGUGCUAAUAAGUAUUUAUUUUCAUAAAUAAUAUAAAUAAUACAGGACCCCAUUUGUGUCCCCAGAAAUGACUCCUUCUCAGGCCAUCAAACCCAAACUCCACAUGAACAGUGGCUCUCGACCAUUUGCUCUGGCCCAGCUCCCUGGAGGGCUAUGACACUGUCAUAGCAGUCCCACUGGCUCAGGGCAGUGAUUCUCAAUCUGGGGCCCAUUCUUUCUAGCUCAAGUUGGCUUCAUAAAAGUCCCCAGGAAAUUUGGACACCGCCUCCUGUCCCCACAAGGGCACUUGCUCAUCAUGCCCGUCUCCCACUGAGAUUUAUUUCUUUGGGUGGUGAGUCUUUAGCAGGGUGUGCACACCUGCAGUUCUCAAGGAUUUUUGUCAAAAUACACAUUCUGCAUCCCACCUUGGACUUGGUAAGCAAUAAUUUCCCUGGUGGGGCAUUGCUAAGUGUAUUUUCUCUUCCUAGGAAAUACUGAUCUAUAGGCCUGGUUGAGAAUUAUUGUCUUUGUGGAUGUUUCUCUGCUCAGCAAUGUCUCACUCAGCUGGCACAGCACGAAAUUUUCUAGCAAAAAUUAAUGGUGUCCACAUAGCUUUUCAAAGCUCAGAGAUUCUGAUCCUGUGUGACAAACUGAGGAGGCAGAACCUGUGGUGAUAAGGACGUAUGACAGGAAGAACUCUAUGUAUAAAGGGGCCUUGUAUGUCACCGUACACAUGGUAUAUAUUUCAUGGUACUUAAUAAAGGGCAGCACUUGUUAUUAUUGAUAUUCAUUGUGUACUGGCCUCAGGGUUCCUGGCUCCUGAAAAGACCUGUUCCCAUUUUAGGAGAAAAGAUUCCAAAUCAGGGAAUCAAGAAACCAGAUGGCUGUUUGGGAAGCAUUUAGAAAAUGUGACAAGAGGUGUCAUACACAGGCUAGCAGCAGACAUUUUAAGAAAGGUAAUUACUGUAAACUUUGUUUUUAUUUCCCUUUUGGAUUCUGAAAUUACAUAGGAAGGAGAGUAGUGUGCUGGAAGCUGGGGUGGAGAUGGUGAGUGAUGGUCUCCAAAGACUCAGUCCCUAAGUUCUGCAAACAGCAACACAGCAAACCCCAGAUUGGCACAGGCUUUGAUUUUUGUCUCUUAGCAUUCAUACUUGAGGUGUGGGCUUCCUAGUUGCUGUGCAAAAAUGAGUGUAGCCACGUUUCCAACUGAGCCUACUGGUGAUGUCUGCAACCCCUGCCAAGAGCCUCAGAACAGAGACUUUAGUAGAAGAUGGAAAAUGAAUGACUCAACAGAGUGAGGAAAUGCUGUCUUCUCAGUUUCUUUUGAUUGUCCAGAAAGGGAGACCAGAAACGCUGCUCAGAACUAAGACUGGAAAGGGAGGUUAUAGCAUUAGAGCAAAGACUGGGAGACAAAGGAACUGAAGUCAAAUGAGACUUCUAUGAAAUACUUUGGAAAGUACAGAUUUUGAGAUUAAUUACAUGAAUCGAUAACUGUAUCACUGAUGCAGGUUACAGACAUCAGCUGGGAAUGAAGGUGAUUCUCAGGGCCCUUAAUUUAGCCCUUAGCCCCCAGCCAGACCUAAGCCUGCACCUGGCUGCACAGAGAGGCAGUCUGUUCCAUCCUUGGAAUUCCAGCUUAGGUGACACUACAUAAGGCAUUUUGGUUUAGUGGUUCCUUAAAUAAGACAACGUUUCUUUAAGGCUAAUCUCUCUCCUGCUGAAAUUUCCUACCCUCCUGGGCUUUACCUUUAAACUGCUUGCGGCUCAUCUGAAAAGUGCAGCUAGCAGAGUGCAAGCUAGUGCUCUAGUGACCGUUUGAAUCAAUCCUAGGACAACUAGCACGCACGGAAAAACUUGCCUUUCUCUGCUGCCCCCACCUCCAUCAGAGAGAACAUGGAAAAUGUUCCUUGGCCACUCCCUCCUCCCCUUACUGAAGGAUGCUGUGUAUGUGCAUCUGAAUGGGGGUGGGGUGGGAGGGUGGAGUCUAGCUUUCUUGCCUUAACAAAAACAUAAUGGUUCCCAGCAGGUCAGAGCUGGGCAACCCAGGAGGCAGGAUCCCGUCCUCUCUCGGAUCUGCAGGAAGGGUGGGGUGUGCAGGUCCAGGGUAGGAUGCUGGUUCUGGCCGGCGGUGCCUGCGGAGCCCUUCCUGAUGUAACUUCUUUAUUAGACAAACCCUCACUCCCGCCAGGAGUAGACACACUAGCGCUGCUUUAGGAAGAUUUCUGCAACACGGCAGGGUGCAAUUCAAAAUCUGGGUUCUCCUUUUCUGAGCUUAGAACACAAUUUGUUCUGAGAUAGGAGAAGGCUCUGUAGGCAGAAGAUCGAAGAGAAGGGAGAAAGCGCCCGGCGUCAGCGGGUCGCUUCCAGCCGUGACCACGAGCGGCCAGCAGGUGUCAGUGCGUCCUCGCUCUGCCCUGGCGCUCGGCUCCAGGACCCCCUCCCCACCUCGUCUAAGGGGCGCAGUCCAGACCCCAGGUCGCGCGUGUCCCGUAGACAGCUGGGCGGCUGGGAGGACACGUAGCCACUUCUCCCCUAAGCGGAGUUCUGAACUCUGGCCUCCGGGCGUAAUGGGUGCUGUCCAUUCCGCCCCAGGCGUUCUAUCCGAACCCGCGCCUUCCUCCCUCGCCAGGACCCCUCUGUCCCCAGCCGCUAGGAGCACCGGCGGGCCCGGUCCGCUCUGGCUCGGGGCUAGGAGGCUCCAGCUGUGACUCACACCAGAGGUUGCUUCCCUCGAUUUGGGCCGGGAUUCCCCUCCACUCUUUCUUCCCCUUUCUUCCAAGAUCCACCUCCAAGAGGGCACUCACGGGUGCCCGUUGCAUUCUGCUCCGUCGGCCCGGAGCUGCACCGCCAACUCCCAGCAGGGGCCGCUUCCCCACUCUCUGACCCCACCCCCUUUAAGCCUCUGGUUCAAGGUACCCGCCUCUCCAAAGGGCUCAUCUCGCCUGAGGGCGACGCUCCCCGGGUCCCACGUUGGGCGCGGGCGCUAGACUGGCGGAGGGGUGGUGCGAGGGGCGGGGGAGGGUCGGCUUCCCACGUGGGGGCUGACGCCGGCUGCUCAGCAACGCCGGCUUGAUCCUGGGGCUAUAAAACGUGUCCACCGUGAGCGCAGCGGAGCAGCAGCGGCCCCGUCUCCGUGCAGACGCCGAGCAGUCGGCGCGCCGCCGCCCGGCCACUCCAGCGCCUUCUUCCCCAGCCUUGCGCUCCUGCCCCAACUCGCGCUGUCCUCGGUCCCCGGCUCAUCCAGCCGCUCUCGGCUCCCACCAAGCCGACGCCCAGGAGAUCCCCUGCUUCCGUCGCGGCUCCUGAAGAGCUGAUCGUUCACCUGCCCCAGCCCGCCUGAGGACCGGGGUGCCUUCAUGCGGCCCCCACACUCUUCACCCCGCCGCCGCCGCCGCCCCCGAGCUCAGCACAGUGCGCCCCAGCCGCAGCAGGGCGCACAACUUUGGAAGUCUCGCGGCGCUCCGAGAGGCGGCAGAGUCAGCGCCUCAGACCCGGGCCGGGCCCGGCCAGCACCGCAGCGUCUGGGGGAAGCCAGAGAGUCGGUAAUCGCUUCGGGGAUUUAAGGAGACAGACAUAGGACCCUGAGCUCGCAUCAGCACCCCUCAGCUGCCUCCGGGGUGGGGGCGGGCCCCGCACACGGUAAGACCUCUUGCUUUCGCUCAGGCUCAAGAGUCAAAAUAUAGAUAUUGAUAUGUAUAUGUAUAUUUAAUUUCCUGUCAUCCUUCCAAGUUAUCAGGCCACCGAUGAUUUUUGUUCUCUCUUCUUGAAGAAUAAAUCUCUCUUAACCCAUCGGCUCGCCCUACUCUCUCCCGCCGCUUAGAAAUAAAACUUGGCUGUGUUAGGAUCUCCGAGCGAGAAGGCGCCCACCGAGAGCGUCCGAAGCGCGGGCCAGGCGCAGUUCGCGGGAUCCGGGCCAUGGGCCGCUAGCGGUCCCCUAGAUCGGGCCCGGCCUCCCUGCGGCCCCCUCCCUAUGUGAGCCGCGGCCAGGCGAGCGGGGCGCCGGAGGAAGAGGAGGACCCACGGGCGCCGGGCCGGAAGGCAGCUGGCAGCAGGCCCAGGCGAGCGGGCACCCGCGUUCAUGUUCCGCCAGGAGCAGCCGCUGUCCGAGGGCAGCUUUGCGCCCAUGGGCUCCUUGCAGCCGGACGCCGGCAACGCAAGCUGGAACGGGACCGAGGCGCCGGGGGGCGGCGCCCGGGCCACCCCUUACUCCCUGCAGGUGACGCUGACGCUGGUGUGCCUGGCCGGCCUGCUCAUGCUGCUCACCGUGUUCGGCAACGUGCUCGUCAUCAUCGCCGUGUUCACGAGCCGCGCGCUCAAGGCGCCCCAAAACCUCUUCCUGGUGUCUCUGGCCUCGGCCGACAUCCUGGUGGCCACGCUCGUCAUCCCGUUCUCGCUGGCCAACGAGGUCAUGGGCUACUGGUACUUCGGCAAGGCGUGGUGCGAGAUCUACCUGGCGCUCGACGUGCUCUUCUGCACGUCGUCCAUCGUGCACCUGUGCGCCAUCAGCCUGGACCGCUACUGGUCCAUCACGCAGGCCAUCGAGUACAACCUGAAGCGCACGCCGCGCCGCAUCAAGGCCAUCAUCGUCACCGUGUGGGUCAUCUCGGCCGUCAUCUCCUUCCCGCCGCUCAUCUCCAUCGAGAAGAAGGGCGGCGGCGACGGCCAGCAGCCGGCCGAGCCGCGCUGCGUGAUCAACGACCAGAAGUGGUACGUCAUCUCGUCGUGCAUCGGCUCCUUCUUCGCGCCCUGCCUCAUCAUGAUCCUGGUCUACGUGCGCAUCUACCAGAUCGCCAAGCGUCGUACCCGCGUGCCGCCCAGCCGCCGGGGUCCAGACGCCGCCACCGCCGCGCCGCCGGGGGGCGCCGAGAGCAGGCCCAACGGCCUGGGCCCUGAGCGCGGCGCGGGCCUGGCGGGCGCUGAGGCCGAGCCGCUGCCCACCCAGCUCAACGGCGCCCCGGGUGAGCCAGCGCCGGCCGGGCCGCGCGACGCCGACGCCCUGGACCUGGAGGAGAGCUCGUCGUCGGACCACGCCGAGCGGCCCCCAGGGCCCCGCAGACAUGAGCGCGGCCCCCGGGCCAAGGGCAAGGCCCGGGCAAGCCAGGUGAAGCCGGGGGACAGCCUGCCGCGGCGCGGGCCAGGGGCCACGGGGCUCGGGAUGCCGGCGGCGGGGCCGGGGGAGGAGCGCGCCGGGGCUGCUAAGGCGUCGCGCUGGCGCGGGCGUCAGAACCGCGAGAAGCGCUUCACUUUCGUGCUGGCGGUGGUCAUCGGCGUGUUCGUGGUGUGCUGGUUCCCCUUCUUCUUCACCUACACGCUCACGGCCGUCGGGUGCUCAGUGCCGCGCACGCUCUUCAAGUUCUUCUUCUGGUUCGGCUACUGCAACAGCUCGCUGAACCCGGUUAUCUACACCAUCUUCAACCACGACUUCCGCCGCGCCUUCAAGAAGAUCCUCUGCCGGGGGGACAGGAAGCGGAUCGUGUGAGCUUUCUGCGGGCGCUCGCGUAGACUCGUGCCGACCGCAGGCAGCGGGCAUUGGGGGGUGCUCAGCCCCAGGGCGCUCGGAGACCCGGGUCCUGCCUGCUCUGCGUUUCCUCGCCUGGGGUUGCUCUGCAGCCCCCUUCAGGUGGGCGUCUGCUGCUCCUACGAGGGAAGCAUUCUUGCUGCCACGCCCCCGCCCCUCCAGUUGUUGGUCUGGCCACUCCUGACCUGGAGGCAGCUUCCUGGUGGGCCACCCCUAAUCAGUAUUGCUUCCUAAAGGUAUUUUCACCCUCUUUCCCUGGUACAGCGCUCGCAGCUCUUCAGAGCAAGCACUGGACUACAAGGGCAUGGCUCACAAACGGUUAAUGGAUGGGGGUUACCUAACCCUGGCUAAUUCACCUUCCAUCCCCAACUCUCUCCCUCUCUUUUUUAAAAAAUGCUCAGGGCAGCCCUGCCUGCCCUCCCCAUCUCCCAGUGUAAAUAUAUUUUUGAUAGGACACGUGGGGACCCCACAUCUCUUGGCCUUGGUUUUGAUGUUGGAAUCCUGGCCUUGGGAGAUAUGCCUUCCAGGCAGACACAGCUGUCUGGUUCAGGCCAAGCCCCUUUGCAAUGCAAGCCCUUUCUGGUGUUAUGAUGUCCCUCUAUGUCGUCCUUUUCACCAGCAACUGGUGACUGUCCCUUAGAUAUGGACCUGCUUUGAGAUUUCCUGACAAGGAAAAGAUUCAUGUCCAUUUUUUUUCCUGUGCCUAACAGCAUAAUUGCCUUUUCCUAUGUAAAUAUUAUGAUGACGGACAUAAGUAAAUGAACCUUUCUGCCUCACAUCAGCCCUUUGUAUAAAGCCAUUUUUCUCUGAUGCACUGUUUGCCCCAGUAACUCACUUUAAAACCUCUUUCCAGUGCUCCCGCUCUCCCUCCAGGGCCACUGCUUGAAGAAGAAUAUGUAUGUUUCUGUUUUGUAUGUAUGCGUGCCCCUCCUGCCCCGAAAGUGCUGACUAUGGGGAAAUCUUUUAGCUGCUGUUUUUAGAUACCAAGGAGUGGAAAUUAUGUGGAAGAAGCAAACCUGAUACAAUUUGCCCAAGGUAAACAGUUUGAAAAGACAAAUGGGCCUGCCAAGCUGUACAGUUCCUGCCCCCAGAGCUAUUAGGUAUCAAAGUGUUGUCCUUUCCCCCCUCCCUGCUUUUCUGGUUGAGAUCAUGUCAUUGAUGAACUGCCAAAGUCAGGGGAGGAGGGCGGAGACCUGGUGUUUACAUCUGCGUUUCUACAUGUUUUAGAGACAAUUUAAGGCCUGCGCUCUUAUUUCACUAAAGAAAAACUAAUGUCAGCACAUGUUGCUAAUGACAGUGGAUUUUUUUAAAUAAAAAAGUUUACAGAUCAAAUGUGAAAUAAAUAUGAAUGAAGUGGC